UGUCUCCACGUGUUUCCGUUCACCGCUGCUCCUACUGUAGACAUGGCGGCCACCACCGUAGAGCAAGUGCUUGCCCAAGCGGAAAAAGAUGAGGCGGAGAAGCUGAAGCUGAUCACCGUGCACAAGGAGCUGGAGCUGCAGUUUGAUCUGGGGAACCUGCUGGCCAUAGACCCCAAUCCGCCGGAUAUUAAAGCCUUCCGGCAGCAGAACAGAGCCGCCUUCCUGAGCGCCCUCGCCCGGGAUAACACGCAGCUCCUCAUCAAUCAGCUCUGGACGCUGCCCACACAGCGGGUGCAGGAGUCUGUGGUCGUCAACUUACCCGGGCCCACCACCCGCCUGCCCAGGGAGAAGCCUGUGCCCAAGCCCCGGGCACCCACCAAGUGGGAGGAAUUCGCUAAACUGAAGGGGAUCCAGAAGAAGAAGAAGACCAACCUGGUGUGGGAUGAAGUGCACAAGGAGUGGCGGCGGCGCUGGGGCUAUAAGAGAGCCAAGGAUGGCACCAAGGACUGGCUGAUCGAGGUGCCCACAAUGGCCGACCCCAAUGAGGACCAGUUCGCCAAGAGGAUGAAAGCCAAGAAAGAGCGAGUGGCCAAGAACGAGCUGAACCGCCUGAGGAACCUGGCCCGGGCACACAAGGGCAAAGUGCCAGGAGUGGGCCUCACCCCGACCAGCCAACCCAACAAGGGGGAGCUGGGCAAAGCCAUGCAUGUAGCCAAGCGAUCCACCGCCUCAGUGGGCAGAUUCCAGGACAAACUGCCCAAGGAGAAGGAGCCCAAGAACAUGGGCAAGAAGAGGAAGUUCCAGCCCAAUGUGGGAGACUUCAAAGCUGAGAAGAGCAAACAGCUGGAGAUCCUAAAGAACAUGGACAGCAAGAAGCCCAGGCUGGAUGUCACCAAAGCUGUCAACAAGCAGAUGAGGGAGGAGGAUGCUGAGGCCUCUGCCAAGAGGAGGAAGGGCCCUAAGAAGGGCAAAGGGGGCAGAGACCGAGGGGGGCCCAAGAAGGGCAAAGGGGGCAGAGACAGAGGGGGGCCUAGGAAAGGCAAGGCACCAGCCAGGGGAGGGAAGGGCAAGAGGAAGUAAAAACUUAUCUACAACUAAAUGCUCAUUACCAGCUGUGGGGCAGUGAUGCCCACUAAAGUGCCACACCAGCUGCAGGAUGGAUAUGUACCUGUGAGGACUGGGGAUGUCUGUAUUGUUGCAGAGGAGGCUGCACCUUCACCUCUGGACAGAUGGAGUCUAAGUUUUUCAUUUGCAAAUUAUUUUUGUAUGUUGAGAAUUAAUUAUGUCUAUCAUAUGGGGCAAUAAACCUUCUCUGCUGUCA